AUGGCUCAAAGACAGGGCAGGGUCGACGGGGAUAUUUAGAGGAAGGAGCAUGGGAUGCUAUACAUGUUAUAGAGGUGGGACCAGAGGAAGAAGAAAACACCAAUUAUCGUUUAACCAGUACAGUUAUGCUGACAUUGACUACAAAUAAUGAGUCAUCUGGAACUUUCAGUUUAUCUGGAUCAAUUAGGCGUCAGAUGAGUAUGAGGCUAUCAGUUGCUGAUGGACAUCUUUGUAACAUGGGAAGGAUGAUUGAAGAAAUGGAGAGUAAGCUGAGGAACUCACUAGAUCAGGUAUACUUCGGUAAAACAAGAGAAAUGGUUUGCACCCUGAGACCACCGUCUGAAGUGACACAGAUGAGAAUGCCUGAGAGCUGAUGUGCCGUUACUUGGUGUAGCAGAGAAAAAAAUUACUUUGUUUUCUUCAUACGUUUAGCUUAUUGGCCGGUAACUUGUGUCACAGUAUUUGCAGUAGGUAGUUUCACAAUGGUUGGUGGUUCGGAUGGCCCUCGUUUUACAGAUGUAGUUCUGUUUGUUGAGUGUCAAAUGUUGUGUUCUGUAGUGGAUAAGCAUCAUGUUUGUUGUUGAUACUUGAAUGAUUCAACAAAACAGUGGAUUUCCAAAACGGGUUGUUGCCUACGAGAAUGCCUGAGAUGAUACGCCCAUUAGGCUGUGUUAUGUGGGGAAUGACCUUCGAAUUUAUCGUACCAUUAAAAGGUGGAUUAUUACUUCAUCAUCAUUGUUAUAAUUAACCAAAAUUACGUAGGAUUACAGUGGAAGACCUAUUGGGAUGAAAAUGAAUACUAGCCUGAGUAAGGGAAUAUUAUCCAUACUCAUGGGCACACCUGGCAAUUUUGAUACCGAUA